GGCCGACGGGCCCGGCGCCAUGGAGUACCUGACCGCCGUCCUCACCUCCCGCGUCUACGACGUCGCCGACGAGACGCCGCUCGAGCUCGCCACCAAGCUCUCCGAGCGCCUCGGGAUCGACCUCCGCAUCAAGCGCGAGGACCUGCAGCCGGUUUUCUCAUUCAAGUUGAGAGGUGCAUAUAAUAUGAUGGCAAAGCUCUCCCAACAGCAGUUGGACAACGGUGUCAUCUGCUCUUCUGCCGGAAACCAUGCUCAAGGAGUUGCUCUUUCUGCCCGGAAACUGGGCUGUGACGCUGUUAUUGUCAUGCCUGUGACAACACCAGAAAUCAAGUGGCGAUCAGUGGAGAGAUUGGGUGCGACGGUCGUUCUCAAGGGAGACUCAUAUGACGAAGCUCAGUCAUAUGCAAAACUACGAUGUGAGCAGGAAGGCCGCACAUUCAUACCUCCGUUUGACCAUCCAGACAUCAUAGCUGGACAAGGAACUGUUGGCAUGGAAAUUGUUCGCCAGUUGCAAGGCCCAUUGCAUGCAAUAUUUGUACCUGUGGGAGGUGGUGGAUUAAUUGCUGGAAUUGCUGCCUAUGUGAAACGGGUCCGCCCUGAGGUAAAGAUAAUUGGAGUGGAACCCUCAGAUGCAAAUGCCAUGGCAUUGUCCUUGUGGCAUGAUCAAAGGGUCAUGUUAGAACAUGUUGGAGGGUUUGCUGAUGGUGUAGCUGUCAAAGUUGUAGGGGAGGAGACAUUUCGCUUGUGUCGAGAACUUGUAGAUGGCAUUGUCCUAGUCAGCCGAGAUGCUAUUUGUGCUUCGAUAAAGGAUAUGUUUGAGGAGAACAGGAAUAUCCUUGAACCAGCUGGGGCCCUUGCCUUGGCAGGGGCUGAAGCAUACUGCAAAUACUACGGUUUGAAAGGAGAAACUGUGGUUGCAAUAAGUAGUGGGGCAAAUAUGAACUUUGAUAGACUUAGAUUAGUAACUGAGCUUGCUGAUGUUGGUCGGAAAAGAGAAGCGGUGCUAGCUACAUUUUUGCCAGAGGAGCAGGGAAGCUUCAAAAAGUUUGCAGAACUGGUUGGUCGGAUGAAUAUCACUGAAUUCAAAUACAGAUAUGACUCUAAUGGAAAAGAAGCCCUUGUUCUUUACAGCGUUGGGAUCUAUACCGAUCAUGAGCUUACAGCAAUGGUGGAACGAAUGGAAUCGUCAGACCUUAAGACUGUAAACCUUACUAACAAUGAUCUCGCAAAAGAUCACCUAAGAUACUUCAUUGGAGGCAGGUCAGAAGUAAAAGACGAACUUGUCUACCGGUUCAUUUUCCCAGAAAGGCCAGGUACUCUUAUGCAAUUUUUGGAUGCGUUGAGCCCUCGUUGGAAUAUCAGCCUUUUCCAUUACCGUGCACAGGGCGAAACCGGAGCAAAUGUAUUAGUUGGCAUACAAGUGCCACCAGAGGACCUUGACGAAUUCAGGAGUCGUGCUGACAAUCUUGGGUAUGAAUACAUGUCUGAGAUGAACAAUGAGAUCUAUCAUCUCCUUUUGCGCAACCCCAAGGUCUGAUGCGGCUGGCUCUCCUGUAAGCCAACAAAUGGUUGAGAUUUCCCUAGCUUCCACUAGUUGGUUAGUCUUACCAAGGAAGACCUCCUCUAGGUAGGAUUGUUAGCGUGGCUUGCUCUCUUGUGUUGGAAUAAAGCCGUUGUAAUAUCUAUUUGUGUAGUUUUCAUUUGUCGACAUGUUUUCUGGUGUAGUAAUGUGUGGUGUAUCUGCUCUGCGCUUCUGGGGCUAAAUGUCUCGAAAGUAAGCUUGUAAGGCACCAAGAAUUCCUGAAUAAUAAUAAUAAUAAUAAUAAUAGUGAUUGAUGAUGCAAUCC